AUGAAAAGUAGUACGGAAAAGCAAGAUACCAUGACUAUAAUUAAGACGUCUAAUGACAGAUAUUCAAAAUCAUCCCUUACGUCUCCACAGGUACCCGCAGCAAAGCCAACGGCAAAACCUUCAAUUGAUAUAGUAAACGAUUAUUACCCUUUCGUAGAUUUUAAAAUCGUUUCGCCGGAUAUUUCACCCAAAGUUGACAGAAAGCAGGAUAUUUUCAUGAUCGUCUUAGUCAAUACUGCCGCAGGAGGCGACAGCUACCGAAAACGUCGCGAAGCUAUCCGACAAACCUGGGGAAAUCGAAGCAAUUGUGAACAACGUAAAGCUUUGCGAGAUGAAAGACUGAAAGAUUUAAGGUGGCUACUCGUAUUUGUUGUUGGAAAAGCAGGACUGGGAACGAACGAUGAUGAACUAAACAUGGCCGAAGCUAGACAACACAAUGAUAUGUUGAUAGGAAAUAUCACAGACAACUAUAUUAAUAAUGUUGUAAAGUUCUACAUGGGUCAAGUGUGGGCAAGUAAAUUUGAUAUAAAAUACACAAUGAAAACAGACGAUGAUGUUUAUGUGCGCAUACCACGUGUGUUGGAAUAUCUUGUCAAUGCUAAGUUUCCAAGACCAUUUUACGGAGGUUGGACGUACGCAGGAACUCUUGUGAAUCGCAAAAUCGGUGGAAAAUGGACAGUUAGUUGGAAAUAUUAUGGAGAAAAGGAUUGGCCUCGAUUUAAUCCUGGAGCAUUCUUUAUUCUGUCCAGCGACCUUCUCAAUAGAUUAUUUAACUAUGUCUAUGUAAGAAAACCGUUUCACACAGACGACGCAUAUGUAGGGGUGGCAAUGCGAGAUUUUGGGGUAAAAAUUACCACAAUCUAUUCGUUCCGUAUUGCGCCUGACAUGCCUCAAUUGAUACGGAGAAUGACAGAUUGUUACUUAAAGAGUCUGAAUGCGUUUGGACAUAGUUUAGACCCUGAAACAUCGAAGAUACUCGAUGGACGUCUACAAUCAAUUAUUUGUGGAAAUGCCACUAAUAAGUGUUAA